AUUUUUCACAGUUCGUCGUCGAUUGUGAUUCUGUCGCACUUGCUUUUUUCGACUUGCACAGUAUACACCACGGCGAGGAAUUAGAGAAGUUUGGAAAUUAUGGCCAGCCAGACGCAGGGAAUCCAGCAGUUGCUCGCUGCCGAGAAAAAGGCAGCCGAGAAGGUCGCCGAGGCUCGUAAACGCAAGGCAAGGAGGUUGAAGCAAGCCAAGGACGAGGCUACCGAGGAGAUCGAGAAGUUCCGCCAGGAGCGCGAGCGCGCCUUCAAGGAGUUCGAGGCCAAGCACAUGGGCAGUCGCGAGGGCGUGGCGGCCAAGAUCGAUGCGGAUAUCCGCGUUAAGCUGGCCGACAUGGACCGGGCCAUCCAGACCCGCAAGGACCCGUUCAUCCUGGAGAUCCUGCAGUACGUGUACAACAUCUCGCCCGAGGUGCACAAAAACUACAACCACAAGUAAAGAGGUGGCCCCCCAAACUGUGCGCUGUAAAUUCAAUGUCCACGUUCAACUCUAAUCCAUAAUUUAGACCCGUAAUAAUAGUGGUUAAUCUAACUGGAAACACUGCUGUAUUAUUAUUCCAUACAUUAAAGUGAAAAUUCGUUGUUGUUCCAUGUAGAAAAAAGCGAGCAUAUUAGUUUGCCUCCCACUCGCGCGGGAUUGUAUUAUCAUUGUUUUGUGUUCUGCCCAAUACACGUUGUUGUUUUAUCCGAAAAGUCAUGUGUUUCAAUUGUUUUCCUCACUUUCUUCCUGCUCGCAUUUUUCAUAUCUGCACUGCAGUCAGCUGCUGCGUGAUAAGAUUUUUGCGGCGAGUUCAUUUCAUCGGUGCUCAACACUGGCGAUGGCGAUAGUCACGCCUCUGGGUGCUUAAAAAAUUCAAUUUUAAGAUUAAUCCGCUUAAUUAUAUAGUGUAUAGACUCGGCAUAAAAUAAAAUGUACAAUGUAAAGCAAU